AUGGCGGAUGAGAAGAACGUCGAGCGUCUGAGUGACGGUAGUGACUACUCGUCGGAGGAUGAAGGAGCAGAGGAUUACAGGAGAGGAGGUUACCAUGCGGUUCGAGUCGGUGAUACUUUUAAGAAUGGAUCUUAUGUGAUUCAGAGUAAGCUUGGUUGGGGACACUUCUCCACUGUCUGGCUCGCUUGGGACACUCAAAAAUCGCGUUAUGUAGCUUUGAAAAUCCAGAAGAGCGCUCAGCACUACACUGAGGCGGCCAUGGACGAGAUUAAAAUCUUGAAACAGAUUGCGGAAGGUGAUGCGGAAGAUAAGAAGUGUGUUGUGAAGCUUCUUGAUCAUUUCAAGCACGCGGGUCCUAAUGGGCAACAUGUUUGUAUGGUCUUUGAGUAUUUGGGAGAUAACCUCUUGUCGGUUAUCAAGUACAGCGAUUACCGAGGGGUUCCUCUUCAUAUGGUUAAAGAGCUUUGUUUUCAUAUUUUAGUUGGUUUGGAUUAUCUUCACCGAGAACUCUCUAUUAUUCAUACUGAUAUCAAGCCGGAGAACAUUUUGCUCUGUUCCACCAUUAAUCCUGAAGCAGAUGCUCGGAAAUCAGGUACUCCUCUUGUCCUUCCAACCAGUAAAGACAAGACUGUGACUGAGAGACAGAUUGAAAUUGAAAAGCCCAAGAGUUACACAUACAGUGCGGAUUUGACUAAGAAUCAGAAAAAGAAGAUUCGUAAGAAAGCUAAGAAGGUUGUAAUCCAAGGAUGUGGUGGGGAGGAAGGUUCUGAGGAAAAUGAGAGAGAUUCUAACUCCGAAGCAAGACCAAACGGAAAAAAUUCAACUGUGGAGAGAUCGGAAGAGAGUUCUGAAAGAGUGAAAGACGCAGAGAAUGGUAGUCGAAAGAGUGGGGGAAAUAGGAGAGGAAGUCGAUCCACGAGGCAAAAGCUACUUGCGGAUGUUGAUCGAAAAUGCAAGUUGGUUGAUUUUGGGAAUGCUUGUUGGACGUAUAAACAGUUUACGAGUGAUAUUCAGACGAGGCAGUACCGGUGUCCUGAGGUUAUUCUUGGCUCAAAAUACUCAACCUCGGCGGAUAUGUGGUCAUUUGCUUGCAUUUUUUUUGAGCUCGCCACUGGAGAUGUUCUUUUCGAUCCUCACAGUGGUGAAAACUUUGAGCGGGAUGAGGAUCACUUGGCAUUGAUGAUGGAGCUUCUUGGGAUGAUGCCACGAAAGAUUGCAUUAGGUGGACGCUAUUCGCGGGAUUUCUUCAACCGACAAGGUGAGCUAAGGCACAUAAGGCGGUUACGGUUUUGGCCACUUAGCAAGGUCUUAACGGAUAAAUAUGACUUUAGUGAGGAAGAUGCGAUUGCUAUGCAAGAUUUCAUUACUCCCAUUCUUGAAUUUGUACCUGAGAAGAGACCGACUGCUGCUCAGUGCCUAACGCACCCAUGGAUGAAUCCUGUCCCUAGAUUAUUGAACCCGUCAUCGAGUCCUCAAAAACCCAAUGAACAAGCAACAGAUGAGAGUAAAACGAAGGAAAAGGAUGAGAGGGAAGCCAUGGAGGUUGGUGUUGGGAAUAUCGCCAUUGAUGGCUCAGAAUCAAAGACCUCAGCAAGAGGAGGUCGUCAAUCUGCUCGGGAACUUCGCACUUAA